AUGGAUUUCGGCUCGUUCAAGUCAUUCGUCCUAAAUUUGUAUGAAUCCUCUGUCUUGAUUUUAAAAUUCGGAUUUGUUCUAGUUAGAAGAUUUAAAAUUGCUUGUCAAAAAGUUUCCAUCGCCAGAUCGCAGGGCCUGCUGGAUGAUGAACACUUUUACACUCUAUACGGAUUAUAUAAACAGGCGAGGUUCGGAGAUUAUGAAGAUUAUGGAAGUUAUUUUGUCACCCAUCCAUCCGAUAAGACGGAAUUGUGGAAGAAACUUAGGGGUAUGCCCCCAAAGGAAGCCUUGUUAGAGUACAUUAGAUAUGCCAACCAGGUCGUGCCUACGUUCAAAGAAUCAGACGAUUUGGAAUCGAGCAUGGUCGAAAAACAACCAUCCUUGGUGGAAGUGAAAAGCCCAGAGGGGCUAACGGCUCUUCAUCUCGCAGCUGAUCGUGGGCAUCUCGAUAUUGUGGUCUUUCUGCUGGAUAAUGGUUCAGACGUAAACGCAGCUGAUGAUAAUGGAGACGCUCCACUCCAUGUGGCACUGGAGUCAGAACAAGACGAAAUUGUCAAAAUUCUAGUAGGAAGAGGUGGUAAUCUCGAACAAAGGUAA